AUGGCGGCUGCUGAUGCAAAUGAUGAACAAGAUUGGUUGCCUCUUGCAGCAGCUUUAAUGAACUUCAAUAGAAUCUUCACUAGAAGGAGAAACCGUGAAGAAGAAGAAGAAGAAAAGGUAAAAAAGAUAAAUAAUAAAAGGGUAAAAAUAUGUAAAACUGAAGAAAAAGAAGAGGAAAUUAAUAUAACCACAGUAAUAAUUCCAUGCGAGUUACAGCGAAAAAUCACUGAAAAGGGAGGAACCGAACCCAAGUUGGUGAUGACCAAGAAAGUAACCAGAACUGAUUUAAGCAGUAAUCAUGGUUGUUUAUCAAUGCCUGCAAAACAGUUGAGUGAUCGUAGUUUUAUCGACGACGACGAGAGGGAAGUACUCGAGUAUUACGAGGAGCUUUACGUAAUGUUCAUGGAACCAUGCGGGGAAGAUUCUGCGGUAGUGAUGAAGAAGUGGGAUUAUGCUAAUAAAAAAGGUUAUAAAUAUAUUCUGAGGAGGUAUUGGAAUGAUAUUGUGAGUAGAAAUUGUAAUAGGGAAUUUAAGGAGAAUGAUAUGAUUCAGAUAUGGUCGUUUAGGGUUCAUGGUGUACUGUGGUUAACUUUGUUUAAGGUUUUGGUUGAACCAAAGCCAAAACCAGAACCACGUGGUGAAGAUGGUGCAAGUACAAGUCAUUCUACUGUGUCUUUGCUCGAACCAGAACCGGGUGGUGAAGCCGGUGCAAGUGCAAGUACAAGCCAUUGUAUUGUGUCUGUGGCCGAACUGGAAUCGGAACCAGAACCGGGUGGUGAAGACUGUACUCAGUGUACUGAAUCUGGGGUCGACAAAGAACCAGAUGGUGUAAUGCAGAAAAUCUCUACUGGCCAGACUCACCCACCAUGUCAGGUGCACGACGCGGUCUCAUUCGAAUUAGUAGGGCGAAAUCCUGAAAACCGAAUGGGGAAGAAAAGAAAAGAACCAGAUGGUGAAGAAGAAGAUGUUUUGUUAUAGCAUAUAUUUUUAGUUCUGAGAUUAGUUUUUAAUUUUUAGAUUUUGCGUUCAAUUUACAAGUGUAUAAGAAUGUUGAGAUCAAUUUUCAAUUUUGAGAGUUUACACCUCAA